AGCAUCACCGCACAAUUGAACGGCGAUUCGGUUUUGUCAAUCAAGUUCGCUUCAAUGUCUCCUGAACACGUUCACGAUAUCCAGGAGCUUGCCCCUGAUGAGCAUACGUUAGCUGGCAAGCGCUAUCGGAAAUAUCUUCAACUUGCCUCACAAACGGCACUAUGGGCGACAUACAUCUACUUUGUGGCUCGUUUAUUCUUCAUUCUGACUGAGGAGCGAACAUGGAAAAUGUGGGCCAUGUUUACAGUGGAGCUUUUGUUUGCUUACAUAUCGCAUAACCAUCAAAAAUUGUCGGCGACAGCAACCAAAUCAUUAGAGCAAAACUCGCGCAAAAGAUUAAGAUUACGCAGCAGCGACAAUCUGCCUCGGGUCGAUGUCUUGAUCACUUGCUGUGGUGAACCAUCCGAUGUCAUUCUAGACACUGUGCGAGCAGCCUGUGUGCUAGACUAUCCAGUUGAUCUUCUUCGGGUCCGAAUUCUAGAUGAUGGAGCAUCAGCCGAGCUCCAGGAAGCAAUUACCAAGCUUUCCCUGAAAUGGAGCCAUCUUUACUACCACACGCGUGGUAAGCAGUCUGGUAAAUCUUUCGCCAAAGCAGGAAAUCUCAACUACGCCUUGUUCUCUCUGCAAACCGAAGAUCCACCUGAAUUCUGCACCGUCGUGGACGCAGACUCGAUCCUGCUGCCGGAAUUCCUGCGCGCUACUCUGCCACACCUACUGCUAGACCCAGAAGCAGCAUUACUGACCACGCGCCAGUACUUCUACAACCUGCCCAACGGUGAUCCCCUCUCACAGUCACGGGCAUACUUUUACACAUGCGAGAAUACAGAAUUGGACCUCCUCGGCCACGCCUUGGAUGCCGGCUCCGGCGCGGUCUUCCGUCGCGACGCCAUUCUAAAUGCUGGCGGGUAUCCAACGUACUCGUUCUCGGAGGACUGGCAACUUUCUUUGAUCCUACGCGGACUGGGAAAGCGCACGAUGCAAGUGCAGGAAGUAUUGCAAUUCGGACUCGUCCCCACUUCCCUCGCUGGACAUGUCAAGCAGCGCAAUCGGUGGUAUAUUGGCCACUCUCAGCAGAUCUCUGUUCUGUCUCCAUCGGCUAACCAGGGCAUUCCUGAGAACCUGCGGUGGGAUAUUGCCAUUGGCGGAUUGUCUAUCAUUGCAGGACUGGCUUGCCAUGUAAUUGGCUAUGUGGCCCUGCCUUUUCUUUUGGUCUUUGGGGACUCUUUGAUCCCUACUGGAUCUACCUGGCAGGUCAAAGCCCAGAUCAUUCUCGCUACCGUUCAUGUUGCGUCUACUUGGGCUUAUGACUGGCUUCGAAGUGCGCAUGCUGGUGUUCCAUUUGCACCUUUUGCCCAUGCUGAGAAUAGCUGGCUUGCUGGUGCGCAUCUGUAUGCUGUCAUCCGAUUCCAGCUUUUCGGGAGCAAACCAAAGGGGUCUUUCGUUACCGGAAGCACGGCCAACUCUAGUGAGAAUGCUACGUCCAUCUCUCCCCUGAAGAAGGCGUACAGGGAUAUCCUUCAAAGUGGCAGUGGCAUUCUGCUCAAUGUCGGCUUGUUUAUUGCCAGCGUUGGUGCAUUUGUGAUCGCCAUUCAGAUGGCUGUGUAUGGAGAUGGAGGUCUUGUCAGGGGAUUGCUCACAACAGUUGCCUGGCCACCCCUUCUUCAUCUGUUCUUUUUGGUGAUCUUUAAUAACUGGGUUCCUGUGGCACAUUUGUUAAAUCACCCAGUUUAUUAUUCCAGAGAGGACAGGUUGGUAAGCUCGGAAAAGGGUAUUUCGUACCCGAAACCGGGGGUUGAGAAGGAUGCUGGAUCCGAUCGGUCUGUUGUUGGUCUUUGUUGUUCUGUUCUGGUCCCAACGAUUCUUUUGGGUCUUCUUUUGGGUUCUUUCUACUUAUAG